AUGGUCGGCCAACGGUUUGUGGCGUCGCAGUACCGCCUCCUGCUGGCCGAGCGCGAGCGCACGCGCCAGUACAACGGGCACCUGCAGUUCAAGCUCUACGAGAUCUUCCGCAAGAAGGGCGAGGAGCCGCCCCGAGCGGAGCUGGACGAGCUGGUCUCCGACAAGGAGCAGCGCUACGCCAGGUACCUGACCAUGCUGGAGGAGCUGAGGAACCAGCUGGCCCAGCAGAAGGCCUGGUACCAGCUCCAGAUAGACGACCUGGAGCAGCAGUGCACCGAGAAGCUGGGCAAGGUGAAGGCCGAUUGGCUCGCCUUCCAGGCCUGCAAGAAGGAAGUGGCCCUCUUCACCAUGGGGCGCCAGAUGGGGGGCAAGGAAGCUGCUAUGAAGGAGGUCGAGCAGAUCCAAGCCAAGGAGCAGCGUAAAGAGAAGGAGAUGAGUGAGGUUCGCCUUGAAAACAUCAAGUUGCAGCAUAAGGUAGAAAAGCUGGAAGCAAGCCUGAAAGCACAAGAGGAGCUGGCAGAGGGGCUGCAUUUGAUUGACUUUGAGCAGCUGAAGAUAGAGAACCAGACCUACAAUGAGAAAAUUGAGGAGCGCAAUGAAGAGCUUCUGAAGCUCCGGAAGAAGAUCACUAAUACCGUACACAUCCUGACUCAGCUCAAAGAAAAACUGCAGUUUGUGGAAGCUCAGAAUCAAAACCAAAGGGCCCACCUAAUCGAGACUGAAGCACUGGUGACCCAGAAAAGAGAGAUUCUGACAAAAACAAAACAGGCUAGGGAUAGUUUACGAGUGCACAACCUGAAAUUGCGACAGAAGUGUGGGCUUCUCGGAAGUGAGGCACUGUUGCGGGACUUUGAGAAGAAGGUGGAUGCUGCUGAGGUGCUAAGUCAGCAGCUAGAGAUGCUGAAACGUCACUAUGCUGGACUCACCCUUACUUGUAAAGCCAUAAAGAAAAAAAUCAAGGAAGCAAAAUCCUUUCUAUUGGAAUGAGGGGUUUUAAGAGGGGAGGUUAAAGACAAAAACAAAAAAUGAGAACUUAAGUUGGCUUAACUCUGAAAGUGUUUUCCAUGUAAAGGCUUGAUGUAAAAGGAUGGAAUAAGCUCAAUUUCACAUUAAUGCACAUUUUGAUUCCAA